AAGGCGGUGUCAAAAGAAUUUAUGGAAGGAUUGAACAUAGCAAACGAGGGAGAGCAAAAUGUCAAGGGUAACUCUUAGGUUCUCCUGAGAUGAUGUGUGGCUGGCUGAGAUGGCAAAAAUAGGGUGGGGUGGAUUAGAUGAGGAUGUUUUUCUUUGGGGGUGUUUUGCAGUGGAGUUAUAGUUGAAGAAUUUAUUUUGGACUUAUUAAGGCUGAAGUGCCUGUAAGACACGUAAACCAAGGUGUCAGGGAGGCAGUUAGAUACACAAGUCUGGAACCCAAGGAGCAGUUCUGAGUGGGAAGUAAUUUGGGAGUUCUCAGCAUAGAAUGCCAUGGGAUUGGAUGAGAUGACUUAGGGAGGAAUGUGGAGAGAGAGGGGGACACUUGAGAAAUACCACUAUUUGGAGGUUGCAUAUUGAAGGUUUACCUCUUUCAUAGUUCAGUGCUAAGCUUGUUGAGAGGGUGGGAUCAGUCACCUGCCCUUCUGUGCCUGGAAAAUCUUUGCUAUUUCAUUCCACAAGGCAAAAUUGGCCUCUUAGCUCUGUGGCUUUUUGAACGCUUUAUAUGUGAUUCAGUGGUAACAGUUAUGUUGUGUUUUAUUUAUUUUUUUUUAAAAAACAUUUUAAUGUUUUAUUUAUUUUUUGAGAGAGAGUGUGUGUGAGCAGGGGAGGGGCAGAGAGAGAGGGAGACACAGAAUCCGAAGCAAGCUCCAGGCUCUGAGCUGCCAGCACAGAGCCCGACGUGGGGCUCGAACCCAUGAACCCACAAGAUCAUGACCUGAGCUGAAGUCGGAUGCUUAACCAACUGAGCCACCCAGGCGCCCCGAUUAUGUUGUGUUUUAAUUUUGUUUGCUUCUACUCCACCACUUUGAAUUUCUUUUUCAUAUAUUUUAUUCAACGCAGUAGCUUUCUAGCAGAGUGUAUAGGUAUGCAGUAUGUUUCAAGUCCAAGGUGUGAAAUUGUAAGAAGGCCAUCAAAAUGUGCCAGAAAGGAUUAAGAAUGAGAAUCAUUUGGGAAAGAAGAACUGCUACAAUGGAAGUUAAAGGGAAAAAAAAAAUCACAGGAAAAGAUGUGAAGACCUCACAAGAAAAAAACAUAUUUCAUAAAAACAGUGGUUCUGGUUCGUCAAAGACCUUUCCAAGAAAAGUUGUCAAGGAAGGUGGACCUAAAAUCACACCUAAGAACUUCGAGAAAUGUGCCACAAAACCCGGGAAAAAAGGUGUAAAGCAGUUCAAAAAUAAGCAGCAAGGGGAUAAAAUACCAAAGAACAAAUUCCAGCAGGCAAAUAAAUUCAACAGGAAGAGAAAAUUCCAGGCAGAUGGUAAAAGUGAUGAAUCAGCGGCCAAGAAACCGAAGUGGGAUGACUUCAAAAAGAAGAAGAAGGAACUGAAACAGAGCCGACAACUCAGUGAUAAAACCAACUAUGACAUCGUUGUUCGUGCGAAGCAGAUUUGGGAGACCUUACGACGAAAAGACUGUGACAAAGAAAAGAGAGUCAAGUUGAUGGGUGAUUUGCAGAAGCUGAUUCAAGGGAAGAUUAAAACAAUGGCAUUUGCUCAUGACUCCACUCGUGUGAUCCAGUGUUACAUUCAGUAUGGUAACGAAGAACAGCGAAAACAGGCUUUUGAGGAGCUGCGAGAUGAUUUUGUCCAAUUGAGUAAAGCUAAGUAUUCCAGAAAUAUUGUUAAGAAAUUUCUCAUGUACGGGAGUAAGCCGCAGAUUGCAGAGAUCAUGAGAAGUUUCAAAGGGCACGUGAGGAAGAUGCUGCGGCACGCGGAGGCGUCCUCCAUCGUGGAGUACGCGUACAAUGACAGGGCCGUCUUGGAGCAGAGGAACAUGCUGACGGAGGAGCUCUACGGGAACACGUUUCAGCUCUACAAGUCUACGGAUCACCCAACUCUGGACAAAGUAUUAGAGGUACAGCCCAAAAAGCUAGAGCUUAUCAUGGAUGAAAUGAAGCAGAUUCUAACUCCAAUGGCCCAGAAGGAAGCUGUGAUUAAGCACUCAUUGGUGCAUAAAGUAUUCUUGGACUUCUUUACCUACGCACCUGCCAAGCUAAGAUCAGAAAUGAUCGAAGCCAUCCGCGAGGCGGUCAUAUACCUGGCACACACACACGAUGGCGCCAGAGUGGCCAUGCACUGCCUGUGGCACGGCACGCCCAAGGACAGGAAAGUGAUUGUGAAAACAAUGAAGACUUACGUUGAAAAGGUGGCUAAUGGCCAGUACUCCCAUUUGGUCUUAUUGGCGGCAUUUGAUUGUAUUGAUGAUACUAAGCUUGUGAAGCAGAUAAUCAUAUCAGAAAUUAUUAGUUCCUUGCCUAACAUAAUAAAUGACAAAUACGGAAGGAAGGUCCUCUUGUAUUUACUGAGCCCCAGAGAUCCUGCACACACAGUGCGGGAAAUUAUUGAGGUUCUGCAGAGAGGAGAUGGGAACGCACACAGUAAGAAGGACACCGCCAUCCGCCGUCGAGAGCUCCUGGAGGCCGUCUCUCCGGCUUUGUUAAGCUACCUGCAAGGACACGCCCGCGAAGUGGUGCUGGAUAAGUCUGCGUGCGUGUUGGUGCCCGGCAUUCUGGGAGCUGCCACGGAAGACGUCCAGCCCGCCAUGAGCGCCAUCGCCGGCUUGGCGGCCGCAGAGUUGCACCCGGGCGGCCAGGACGGAGAGCUUCACGUCGCAGAGCAUCCUGCGGGACAUCUCGUUCUCAAGUGGUUAAUAGAGCAAGAUAAGAAGAUGAAAGAAAGUGGAAGAGAAGGUUGUUUCGCAAAAACACUUGUAGAGCAUGUUGGUGUGAAGAACCUGAGGUCCUGGGCCAGUGUAAACCGAGGUGCCAUUAUUCUUGCUAGCCUUCUCCAGAGCUCCGAUCAAGAAGUUGCAAACAAAGUCAAGGCUGGACUCAAAGGCCUCAUUCCCACAUUGGAGAAAAACAAAAAUGCCAGCAAAGGAAUAGAAACGUUGCUUGAAAAACUGGCCGCAUAGUGGAGAUAGUUAAGAACAAGAUGGAAUCUUCUUUCCUGUUCUCUUUUCCCAGAGCGGGAAAGAAGGGCCAGGGGCCGCCUUCCUGGGAGUCUGGGUGCUCUGUAUAUGUGCUUUUUCUUUGUAUAAGAGUCUAUUUAUAAAACAGUUUUCUAAAAA